CCGAUGUUAUAAUUACCCUUCUGAAACAGAAAAACGAGUCUCCUCAUUCUCCGUGAAAAUACCUUCGUGUGCGCCGUCGUCACACCCCAAAGUCACCACUGUUUUUAAUCUUUGUGACCUGCAGUGGCAGUGGAAGAAAACAGAACUUGGCCGAACCGCGUUCGGAAGGCGCAGAAUGUGGAGGGAAGGCUUGACUGUAAUCAUGGUGACAGUGGAGUGCUUGGAUGUGGGCUUAAACACUGUUAACAAAGCUGCUAUGACGAGAGGGAUGAGUGAAUUCGUCUUUGUUACGUACUCCAAUUCCCUCGCCUUUUUCUUCCUUCUCCCAGCUUCCAUCAUAUUUUACAGAAAAAGGUCUCUUCCUCCGCUCACAUGGAGCAUACUCGGUGGAAUGUUUGUUACUUCCAUGAUUAGUUGUAGUGUACAGAUACUUAAAGCUUUGGGGAUAGGUUACAGCUCUCCUACUAUGGCCUCAGUAGCGGCUGAUCUAAUCCCAGCCUUUACUUUUUUCCUGGCCAUCAUCUCCGGGUUUGAGAAACUGGACUUGAGAGUUAAAAGCAGCCGCGCCAGGUGCAUUGGCACCAUUGCAUCAAUCACAGGGGCUUUGACUGUCACUCUAUACAAAGGCCUACCAAUUACGGUUGCCUCAUUACCCAAGAGAGUAGAGGUCGGGCAACAUUUUUCAACGAUGCAAUCAAACUGGCUCCUUGGGGGCUUUCUCCUGGCGUCUGGAAGCUUUUUACUUGCACUUGGGUUCAAUAUACAGACAAGGAUUAUUAGGGAGUACCCUGCAGAGCUGAUUGUGGCACUCAUUCGCUGUAUCUUUGUGGCCAUCGUAUCUGUAAUCGUCUCAUUAAUUGCAGAGAAAGACCCAAAUGCUUGGAAUUUGAGCCUCAAUAUGGAGUCGAUCGCUAUAGGAUACUCGGCACUGUUUGCAAUUACAAUCCGAGCAAGUGUUUCUCUAUGGGCCUGUCGUGAGAAAGGGCCUGUGUAUGUAGCCAUGUUUAAGCCCCUUGGUAUAUUCAUUGCGGUUGUCAUGGGGGUUACUAUUCUUGGGGAUACUCUUUAUCUUGGAAGUGUGAUUGGAGCGGCAAUAAUAGUUCCUGGGUUUUAUGCUGUGAUAUGGGGGCAAGCUCAUCAAGAGAUUAAACUGGUUGAAGAUCCUCCAAUUAGUAGCCCUGAGUCAUGCUCUCCUAGAGUUCCUCUUUUGCAGAAUAAAAGCACUGAAGUAUAGAUUUCUUUC